AUGUCACAAGCUUAAAAGACAUUUAUUGAUUCUCACCAGUCUAAGCAUAUAAUGCAGCAUGCCUCCUUUAAUGUGCACCGAUUCGACCAUUUCUCUUAGGAAAAUAAUUACUUUUCAGGAGACUUAGCUUCCUUCAAAAAGAAACAACAUGAAAUAACUCCAGGAGGUUCUUUUGAUUUCUUUACUGCAUCUAGAGUUAUCAAAGAAUUGAAAAAAAUAAAAGCUACUUAGUAAAAACAUGCUGCUCUUAAAAAUUAAGCGUAUGAAGAUUACUACAUCAAUCAAUUUAAGGUUUGCUAGGUUUUUGAUUCUAAAGGAGUAUAUAUUAAGAGAAUCAUUCCUGACAAUCAAGCAAUUUACAGAAUAUUUUCAGACUUCUUUUCAUUCUCUUAAAUGAAUUUUAUGGAGAUCUAAAAAAUAUUUAUAGACUAUAUUUAGUCGAAUCCCAAUUAAUUCAACAAGGUUCUUGAAAUGAACAGCGAUAGUAUUGAUUGCUACGAGAAUUUUCUAAAUUAAAUCUAGAACAAUAGAUUUUGUGAUCAUGAGAUUGAAUUAGUAAUUCUCUGUUUCAUUUAUAAUGUUUCUCUCUCCCUAAUAUUCUGUGAUGAUGACUUUGAAGUAUUUCAAUUCAAUAUGAAUUUGAAAAACAAGGGAGAUAAAAGAAUAUGGAUAACCAUAGUAGAUAGUACCUAUGACAUUUGCUAUUCAAAAGGAUACAUUCAAAAAGCGGGAUAAGUACAGAAUAUAAUAAAAGAUAUAUCUAACCAAGCUGAGUUAUCUUCAUUGGCAAAGAAUGAUGAUGAAUAGAGAGAUAUGAUCGAAAGCUAAGCAAAAGUUAAACAAACAGAUAUAUACACUAACGAUGCAUAUCUAAACUGGAUUAAAUCCUCUACAACAGUUACAGAAAAGACAGAUUCAUCAAACAAAAAUGAACAGAGCUAAAAGAAACCAAUCAAGAAAUUAGCCUUCCUAGAAGAUGAGAAAGAUGAAGAUGAUGAUUUCUAAGAGAUUGUAAUAAAAGGUAUCAUAAAGAAAUCAUCUUUAAAAGGUGUAAAUGAAUAUCUGGAUGAAGCAAAUCAAAGCUCAGAAGAAGAUGGGGAUUUCUCAAAACCUAGACCAAGACAGAACUCCAUUGAAUUAUUUUCUGAUGAAGAAAUUGGUGAUGGAUAGGAACUCAAUGAUGAUGACUCAUCUUCCUAAGAACACCUCGGUUCUUCCAAAUCUUCUCACCAUAGCCAAUCUAUCUUUACUUAGGAUCCUUUUAACAUUAAUGAGUAGCUUAACAUCACAGAUAAGGGAAUCAAUUUACUGUUAUAGAAAUAAUAAACCGAGAUUUAAUAACAAAACCAAUAAUAGCAUCCUAGAUUCAAGCCUAGAUUAUCCUCAUCCCAUGAUUUUCUGCCUACCUUUGGAGAGAUGAAAAAAAGUGGGUAUGAUAAAAAAGGAAACCACAAGGUGAAUGAUUCUAUCAAUAAAAAUACCUUCUAAGAGGUUCUAACAACUAAAUCUACGUUAAACUAAAAUGCAAAUGAAUUCAGGCCUAAUGUCAAAAAAGUUCAAACAGAGCAUAUAAGUAACAAUAUGAGUGUUUUAAGCAAAGAUUCUCACAAUUUAUCAGAUACUCCAUCCUAUAUGAAACUCAAGGUAGCUAAUCCUAAGUAAGAUGAGAUUCAUUUAAAAUUUUUGCCUCAGAGAAAUAUUCCUAUUGAGGCUAUUCAGAUAAGGAAUGUUAACAAUGAUAGUCUUAGUUUAAAUUCUAUAAAUUCCCCUCUUAUAUCCUAGUCUUAGGGCUCAAAAAUUAACUACAGCAAUCAUAACUAGCAUAUGUUGUAAAAAACCGCUCAUUCUUAACUCUAGUAAAAUCUUCCAAGUACUACUCCUUACCAAAACAUUUUAAAUCUAAAUGAACAGAUAAACUAUAAGAUUCAACACCAAUAACAACAGUAGCAACAACAUUAGCAGCUUUUACACCAGCAAUAACACCAAAAUUAAAUAUAAAGACCUCUACACUUAAACUAGCAUCAGUAAAUGUAGCCGUCAUAAUAUAUGAAUACAAAUCCAAUUAUGGUUUCUCCUGAGUAAAACAAGUUUCAUCCAUUGGCAAUGCAAAAAGAGAGAAUUUAGCCCUUCGUUCUAGCGAAUAGUACACCUACUACGCAUUAAGCGUUUAUCAACUAGCAGAAUAUGAAUAAUGCAGUAAUCUAAGGAUCUCCUCACUUAUCUAAUUAAAUAAUGCAAUAAUCAGCUUUUAUUUAGCACUAGCCUGCUUAAUAGCAGAUUACAAUGCAAAAUCAUCAUUAGAUGUUAAAUAAUAUGCAUGCUAAUCCAAUGGUCUCAAUAAAUACUUAAAUGAUUCCAGGCUAGUUUUAUCAACAACAAUAAUAACAGUAGCAAAUGAUAUCCUAGUAAAUGAUUCACUAAAGCCCUAAUGUUUUCAUCUAGCCAAAUGUACAUUCGCCUCUGAUUCAUUAGCAAAAUAAAAGUUUUACAUUACAAAAUUAGUCCUCUCAUCUCUAGUUUAAUCCUCAAUUAAUAGCCAAGGACUAAUCGAUGAUCAUUCAAAAUAGAUAUCAACCUGAGUUCUAAAAAAUGCCACAAAUGCAAAUCGGAAACCACUAACCCCAAAUUACUCAGCCUAUACCUAUUAAUACUAGCCCAUAACCUCACUUGUCUCAGUAGUCUUCUAGCCUAAAUACCUCAACAAAUGAAGUAUCACAAAAAGUUGAAUAACUUCAACAGCGAGUAGUUGGUAAAAUCAAGUUCUACAACGAAGCAGCAAGCUAUGGUUUCAUUAUCUUACCAGAUAAUUAAGAGAUCUUUGCUCACUAUGAUGACCUAUAGAAGGGCAGUAUUACAAAAGAACUGCUUUUUAGAGCCAAGUAUGAUUAUACAAUUCAUGUAUCAUUCGUAAUAAUGAACUACAUAAACAAGAAAAAUAAAUAGACUAAAAAGGCUGUCGACAUUCAAUUACUCGGCAUAGACGAGCCUCAGGUCAAAAAUUGA